ACGGCCAUUUGCGGACCAACAAUCAAAUAAAAGGGACACACUUUCCAAUCCAGCUUUGUCCUCCAAGGUUCAUCCCCUUUCUUUCUCACCUCAGCACUUUUUGCAAAGUUGCUAGGAAAGAGCUUGGCUAUAGUGCGGCAGCAACUCGGUAGCUGGACGAGAGAAAAAUUGAGGAGGAGGAGUAACGAGGGCACAUUGCUCCCAUUUCCCAUGGCUAAUCGACUCUGGUAUUCGUGGGCGCUCCAACUUCUAGUAGUAAUGGUGGUAAGCCAGGGUCACAGUGGGUGCUGGUGCUACCAGUACAAGGUGGGAGAUCUCAACUCCUGGGGAGUACCCCUCCCCUCCAAUACCCACGUUUACGCCCUCUGGUCUCAGAAGUAUCACUUCCGCCUUGGCGAUUCCCUCUUGUUUCUCUACCCGCCGAGCCAGGACUCGGUGAUCCAGGUGACGGAGCGGGCGUACAACAGCUGCAGCUUGGUGGAUCCGAUAAAGAAGAUGAACGACGGCAACUCGGUGUUUAAUCUGACGGCGCCCGGGAUCUACUAUUUCAUUAGUGGUGUCCCGGGGCACUGCCAGAAGCUCCAGAAGCUCGCGAUCGCCGUCCCUUCCGCCAAUGGCACCUUCUUCCCGCCGGCGGAGGACGCGCCGCCGCCGGGGAAGUCCUCCGCGCUGCCGGCUACUUCGCCGUCAUAUCCAUCGUCUUCGGCCCCUCCCCACCGGAGGGAUCGGGGGCGGUGUCUGUCGGGGCUUCCACGGCCGUUGGAUGGGUUGUCGGUUUGGUUCUCCUGUGCCUCUUGUGAGAGAAAAACGGGGAUCUAGGUUCUUUUUUUUUUUUUUGGUUUGGUGACGUUCGAAGUUGGAUCUAGAUUUUCCUUAUCUCGAUUUCUCAGUACUUAUGUAAUGUUUAAUUUCUUAGUUGAUGGUUUGAGUUGGUAUUCUUAGCUUCGUCGGGCGAGGUUGUGAAACGGUUAAGGUUAUUAAUAAUUUUUUUAUAA